GCUUUAUGAUUACUAACUGUAAUGUUUACGUAAUUCGGUGGAUUUGCUUACUCUUGACAACCUCUGAACUGAUGUCUGAUUUGCGCUUAUAGGACACCAUCUAUAAAGGGGUGUGUAUAAUAAUUGUGCAUGAAUAUAAAGCACGGCAAACAUGAAGCACCCCAGAGGGGAAGGUUAGUUUCUAAGAAGCUGGAAGUUAUAAAUUGGCAUUUGUAUUUAAAUGGGAACUUGAGGAGAGGGGAUGGUAGGUUUUGUAACCUCACUGGGCAGUGAGUGCUGUAUUUGACAAUUCGUUUCAUGGCCCAGGAGUUGUAGCAGGAAAGGUUUCUUGGGUAAAGUGACAUCUAAGCUGAGACCUGAAGCAAGAGGGUAGGGCUGAGAAGAGGUUUAGGCUGCUAAAAGAUUAUAUGUAAAGACCUAAUAAAAGGAAACAGAAAUUUAGUAAAUAUGGCUGGAAGCACAAAACUGAGCCUGAAAGGAAGGCAGAGGCCAGGCCAUGAAGGUCCUUAUAAGUAAUGCCAGGAGAACACACCACCACGAAGCAGUCUGGAGGAAAAAUAAGGAGCCGAAGUGAAAUCUCUGGGGGAAAGAGAAUUGGCCUGCUUCCCUGACAGCGGCGGAUGCACAGUGGAGAGCUGCAUGGGAGGACCAGGCAUCUGGUGGCUACUUUCUACGUUUUACACCAGGAAACAGAAUCAGAUGAAGAGCCCAUGUUUAUCUUGGAAAUAGAAGGAUUAAAAAACAUUUCUACUAAGAACACUACCAUCUCCUUUUGGAUCUGAAGACUGGGGGACAAUGGAUAUCAUAGAGACAGCAAAACUUGAAGAACAUAUGGAAAAUCAAACCAACGAUCCGGCAAACACAUACCCACGGCCUGCUGAACCUGCCGAAGAAGAAGAGAAAAAUGGCAACGGUAAACCCAAGAGCUUAUCCAAUGGGCUGCGGAAGGGCUCCAAAAAGUACCCAGACUAUAUCCAAAUCUCUAUGCCCACGGACUCCAGGAGCAAAUUCCCCCUGGAGUGGUGGAAAACGGGCAUCGCGUUUGUGUAUGCUGUUUUCAACCUCGUCCUGACAACCGUCAUGAUCACAGUUGUACACGAGAGGGUCCCUCCCAAGGAGCUCAGCCCUCCACUCCCAGACAAGUUUUUUGAUUACAUUGAUCGGGUGAAGUGGGCAUUUUCUGUAUCAGAAAUAAAUGGGAUUAUAUUAGUUGGCUUAUGGAUCACCCAGUGGCUUUUUCUGAGAUACAAGUCAAUAGUGGGGCGCAGGUUCUUUUUUAUCAUCGGAACAUUAUACCUGUACCGCUGUGUUACCAUGUAUGUCACUACGCUGCCUGUGCCUGGCAUGCAUUUCCAGUGUGCUCCGAAGCUCAACGGAGACUCUCAGGCAAAAGUGCAGCGGAUCCUGCGGUUGAUUUCCGGUGGAGGACUGUCCAUAACAGGAUCGCACAUCUUGUGCGGAGACUUCCUCUUCAGCGGUCACACGGUUGUGCUGACACUAACUUAUCUGUUCAUCAAAGAAUACUCGCCUCGUCACUUCUGGUGGUAUCACUUAGUCUGCUGGCUGCUGAGCGCCGCCGGGAUCAUCUGCAUUCUCGUAGCUCACGAGCACUACACGGUGGACGUCAUCGUUGCCUACUACAUCACCACACGGCUGUUCUGGUGGUACCAUUCAAUGGCCAAUGAAAAGAACCUGAAGGUCUCUUCACAGACUAAUUUCUUAUCUCGUGCGUGGUGGUUCCCCAUCUUUUAUUUUUUUGAGAAAAACGUCCAAGGCUCGAUUCCGUGCUGCUUCUCCUGGCCACUCUCCUGGCCUCCGGGCUGCUUUAAGUCUUCGUGCAAGAAGUACUCGCGGGUUCAGAAGAUCGGGGAAGACAAUGAGAAAUCUACCUGAGGAGCAAAACAAAGGCUUCAGCUCUUAUACCCAAAGAGGUAUCGCUGUAACCAAAGGGAUAGUUUUGUGUUUUUUUUAUUUUAGGAGAACUGACUGGUAAAUGAAGAAGUGGACCAAAUUUUGUGUAAACGAUUAGAAAGAUGAACAAAGUGUUACGCUUUGACUGUUUGUUUGUUUUUUUACGCCUCCUGGGAAAGUCGUAUUCUCCUGAGGCUCUUCCUUCAGGGUGACAAGCCCUCCACCGGGAUUCCCUGACGAGCUUGGAAAGAGGUGCCAAAGAACACGUCCGCCUGCCCUUAGUCUUUCUCCACUAAAGCAUUUUUUCAGGAUUUCUUUUCCUCCAGGGUCAGAAGGAUUUGCCAAUGUUUUCAAUAAACUAUCUGGACAGAUACAACCUAAUGUUGAGGGUGGAUUUGAGCACUGGGCCGCUUAGUGAGGGGGAGACGCAGGGGUUGUGAGGAAACUUCGGGUGAACUUAUUCUCCCUGUCCUGGGGAAGGUCAGGGUCAGGUCUGCGAAUACGUACUGCUGCUACCACCCAAUGUACUAUGUGUCACUUUUACUUUAUUUUUUUAACUGAUAAUUUUAUUUAAAACAUGAAAGAAACGUGAUCUAAGUAAAUAUGGAAAUAUUUGACACGCCCCACAGAUUUUACUUGGGCGUAAAUAUUUAAUUUUAAGAUCUCUAUGACAGAUGCACAGGGAGCAGGGCUGUUUCCGCUCACAGUGGUCCUUGUUUGCACACUUGCUGAGCACAGGCUGAAAAACACGUGUGUGAACUGUGGCUCGUGCCACGUGGGGAACAAGCCUGCAUUUCUCGCCCAGGUCCCCCCUGGGUGAGGUCUGUUUCAGAGCUGCUCCCUGGAACUCAGAAAUGCAAUUGGUCACAUCUCACUAAACCCACUUCUUUCUAGUUACAUUCUGCUUUAUGGGAAAAGGUAGACGGAGUCCAAAAGUUUAAUGAAUGCAUCCUUGCCUUUUUGCAAGAGGCCCAGCUUCUUGUAAACGGAGUGUUUAUAGGAAGGAAGGACUAAGGAGACAGACCACAAUGAAGUCGUUCUACUCUGACCCUGAAAGCUGCACUCUAACCUGCUGUUGGAAUCCAGGUGUUGGACAGCACAGCUAGUCGCUAAAGGGGGGCUGGUCGUUUCUAAAGUUCUUUCAGGUGAUGCAAAAAAAAAAAGAUGGAUUUGAUCAGAUUUAAUGCUGUCAGAGUUAGUGCAUUGUUUCAUGCUGUUGGGGCUGUGGACAAUUCUUAAUUUCUUACAACUUCUAGGACCUUAGAAAAAGAUCUAAAGUUACACAGUCAUCAGCACAGAGAACAGAGAGGCCAACUCUGUGGGAAGGCAGUUACAUUUAUAUUGAAGGCAACAAUUUCCCACCCCUUAGAAUGAAAACAAAAAACCAAAAACCACCCCUAAAUUUGCCAUGAACCAGUCAGCCCUGAGUUGAUAUACAAAAUUGACCUUUACAUUACUUGAGCGAAGCACAGUACACACUGAAAUGUGUUCAGGAAGGGUCUUUAUCCUUUGGUGCUAAAAUUCUCUGUGCUUCCAGUGUAGCUCCUGCUCUGUGUAAUAGAAGAUUCACUAAAGGAAACGUAGUUGAGUUCAACACCAGGAAGAAAGAUUUUCUAAUCUGGUAUUUGAAACAAGAAACAAAAUCCUAAACCUUCUUGGCAGGUUUUGAAAUGCAGGAAGUUUUUCUGGUAUUUAUCAUUAAACCAAUAAGAAACAUAUCCAUACCUUACCAGAUGUUUAGCUAGAAUUCCACAUAACUUUCGCCUACGAAAUAUGGGCACGUGUGAAAAAACAAGGUGUUCUGUGUGAAGACACUGAUGUUAAAUUCCUGUUGUCCGAUUGUGAGGAAAAACAUACGACGCGGAAGCCUGGGCUUUGCUCUCCUAACACUGGUACAUUGAGCCUCUGACUUAAAUAAGACAACCUGGUAUAUCUGAGAGCCUUAUUCCUACAUUGUAGAUAGCCCACUCUUCAUCAAAUUAAAUUAGGGAACGUAUUUAAGCUUUUAAAAUCCUGGCGCGUUGAUUGCUGGAGGCCCUCGAAAUAGUAAACCUUGCAUUUUAGUCAGGUAACUAGUUUUGUUUUUAAAUAAUGCCAUCACCUUUUCAAGAACUUUUAAAAGGACUUCUGACUCCACCUGUGGACACGGCGGCUCCCAUGCUCCUCACAGUGUAUGCCAUAGCUCUGUCAUUGGCGCUGCGGGAGCAUGUGGUACCAGAAUAAGGGUGAGGGGGAAAUAUCAAGUUUCAAGGUGGGAAGGUGAGGAUAGUGACUCUCAUUUACAUUUAGAAAAGCAAACUUGAGGUCUAACCCAACCUGCCACUUUAGAGUAUGAAACAUGAACAAUUACUAGACGUAGGGUGGUGAUCACUUCACAGUCUAUAGAAAUAGCAAAUCAUUAUGUUGUAAACCUGAAACUAAUACGUCACUUAUAUCUCUGUUUUAAAAAAUUUCGAUCUUGCCUCUCAAACAGUAAACUUUUGGAGCUCCUUUUCCUGCUUAAUCAAUAUAUAACAUCGAUUAUUGUUUUUGUGAACUUGUGCUCCUCUUGGAAGCUUUUCCUAUAAUUUAGUCCUCUGUGCAGUAUCUAUAACAUGUAAUUCCUCUAAGUUAUAACACUUUUUUUCUAAAUUCUUUGAAAUGGGAAUGAAUUCCUCUCAUUAUAAUUUUGGAGCUCCUCCACUAGCUCUGAAAAUAAAGCAUUCUUCCUCAAGUCCAAUGGAAGUAAUUUGGAAUUUUUAAUUUAAUUUACUGGCAUCUUGGAAAACAAGUUUUGCUGUGGAAGGAAGGCUGGCUGGAGUGAGGGCGAGUCUCUAGUCUGCUUUACGGAUGACUUUGCAUUAGGUUCUUGGCUGUAUACCAGCGCCCCCUUGUGGAAAUAUGUUAUAUGACUUUGAACACAAACCUGCCAUUUUUUAAAGUGUAUUUUCAAGUUUUUAAAAGGCAUAUGUUUUUUAUUUAUUUUUUGCGAAUAAUCUUGAAAGCAUAAUGCAAAUGGAAUUGUGUUAAAUGUAUUUUAAACCUUUCCCAAAGGGAAAAUGUACUUAGAUCACAAGGAGUUGCAAUUCUAAUCUUUUAUCCAUUUGAUCAAAGAAAAUUUGCAGACCAUUUUUACCUCUCACCAUCACAAUCAUUAAUGUCUCCCUUUAUAACUACCGACACUUUGUUUACUUUGAAACACCAAGUUGGCUGCCUUUUUUCAUUUUACAUGUUAGAUAGAACUCAUGCAGUUUCUUUUUUUUUAUCACAUCUUGUUCCUUGAAUAUUUUGAACAUUUUUGAAUUAUUUUUAUAUUGUUUAUUUUUGUUUUGCACUGUAAAACCGAUUAAAAAUUUAAGCCGGUCUUAGCACACUUCUGUAGUGUUAGGAAGUGUAAGAAGGAAUUUCAUAAUAAAUGUGUUUGCAUGUUUAAAUCAAGCAUAUUAAAAGUAAUAUGCUAUGUGUUGAAGGUUUUUCUGUUUGUAUGUAUAAAGAUUCCUAGCAUUUUUGUUUAAUGUCAUUGUGUUGCAAUAAUUUAACUCAUUUGACUUGCUGAAAAUAUUUUGUCUAUUAAGAAGUGCUCUUGACUUCAAUACCUAAACACUGAAAAUUGUGUCUAAGGUGCCCAAAGAUAAGUUUUUAUAUAGAUUUACACCUUAUAAGUUGGGAUUUGUUUUGUUAUUCAUUAAUUUAACUAUGCUGUAUUCUAAAUGAAUUAUGAAUGAGACUAGUUCUUUAUUCUGAAAUUAUUUAAAAUUGUCCUUUAAAAGAAUAAGAGGAAGCUAUAAAUAUAAGCUAAUCUAGUUGCCAAGUUGGGAUUUAUUAUUUAAUUUAACUCCUAUGCAAUGAUUAAUGCUGCAAAAUGUAUGGUUAUGUUAUGGUAUAUUCACAAAAGAAAUAUUAUUAUGAGGUUUGAGAGGUGUAGCCUAUUGUAUUCUUUCAGAAAUUUACUGUACUGUUUCAAUGUGUUAAGUGCCUUGUUGUAAAGUAAAAUUUUAAGCCUAGAAUGCAUUAUUUUCCUGACAUAUAUUUUUCAUUAUGAUAUAUACUGUAUGUUAUUGUAAUAGCUUUAUUAAAUGCUUAUGUUUUAAUCAGAUAUGUGAUUUUCAGAAGCUCUUUUCUCCUACCCACCAGUACCUUAAUCAUUAGUCUAUCAUAUGGGGUUUGAAUUCAGGUCCUUUUUUUUAAAGAGGAAAUUAUCUUUGUUUAGAAGUAUAUUUUUCAUGCUUGUGCUUUUAUAUUUGUAAAAACAUUUCAGGAGGAAUUUAGAAGUGUAACUAUAGUUUGUACUUCAAAAUGCCAUUUUACAUUUACAUUUUCAGUGCCUAAUUGUUAGUUAAAACUAAUUUAUGUUUUUAUUCUAAAGACAUAUGUGUACUUGGUUUCUAAUCUCUUUGGCUUUGCUUUAAACAAAAACACAAAAAAGCAAGAGCCGCUACUUCCUAUUUACCCAAUAAACCACUGUGACAGCAACAGUA